UUUAGUCGGUAGUUAAGUGGUCGGGUGUCGAUGUCGAGCGCUUUCGUUGCAGAAAGCUUUAAUUAGUCAUCUGUUUUCUGCAGUUGUUUAAAAGUGGAAUGUAAACAAGUCGGGUUAAGGCCAGAAAUUUCGUUCUUUCAAUAGUUAUCGAGACGCUCGUCUCUUUAAAGCAGGUUUCAAAUUAUCAUCUUUCCCAUCAUGUCUGAAUUAAGGAGAAGAACUCAAGAAGAGAAAGUCGAUUCUAACGUUAAUCAGGAAGCACAAGAAAAGAGAAAUGAAGCUUCUAAAGAGGAAAAAAAUGUAGAGUCAGAUGAAGAACCUGUACCAGAUGAAACAAAUAUUGCUGAUCUAGUCAAAGCACUACCUCAAGCCACAGAUAAAACAACUGACAUAUUAGAUUCUGCUUUAGCUUCUCUGCCAUCACGAUGGCGAAAUUGGGUUGUUCGGGGAAUAUUUUCAAUGUUGAUGAUUGUUGGUUUUGUAUUUAUAAUCUGGCUUGGUCCUGUAGGUCUGAUGUUAACAACAUUGUUGAUACAAGUCAAAUGCUUUCAAGAAAUUAUUUCAAUUGGAUACGCUGUUUAUCGAAUACAUGGAUUGCCGUGGUUUCGAUCACUCUCAUGGUAUUUUCUCAUCACUUCAAAUUACUUCUUUUAUGGAGAAAGCAUGGUUGAUUAUUUUGGAGUCCUCUUGAGUCGUGGUAAUUUUAUGAGACCACUUGUCACUUAUCAUCGGUUCAUCUCAUUUUGUCUGUAUAUAAUUGGAUUUGUAUGGUUCGUACUCAGUCUCGUGAAGAAGUAUUAUAUGAAACAAUUUUCUUUGUUUGCAUGGACACACGUCACAUUAUUGAUUGUAGUCACUCAGUCUUAUCUCAUAAUGCAAAAUUUGUUUGAAGGACUUAUUUGGUUUAUUGUACCAGUUUCGAUGAUCAUUUGUAACGAUGUUAUGGCAUAUAUAUUUGGAUUCUUCUUUGGAAAAACUCCUCUCAUUAAGCUCUCUCCAAAAAAGACUUGGGAAGGUUUCAUUGGUGGUGGUUUUGCUACAGUCAUCUGGGGAAUACUGAUAUCUCACUUAUUUUGCCAAUCUAAAUAUUUUGUGUGUCCAAUUGAAUAUUCCGAAGCCCUGGAACACAUGACUCUCGACUGCACUCCAUCUCCUCUCUUCCAGCCAACAAAAUAUAAAUUUCCAAUGUUCAUUCAAGUUAUCUGUACUUGUUUGAAUUUACCUACAACAAUCACAAUAUAUCCAUUUAUCUUGCAUUCAUUGGCUCUCUCACUCUUCAGUUCUAUUAUUGGACCAUUUGGUGGAUUCUUUGCUAGUGGUUUCAAGCGUGCUUUUAAGGUUAAAGAUUUUGGAGAUAUAAUUCCAGGACAUGGUGGAAUCAUGGAUCGCUUUGAUUGUCAGUUUUUGAUGGCAACAUUUGUUAAUGUAUACAUUCAUAGCUUCAUCAGAGCUCCAAAUCCACAAAAAUUACUUCAGCAAAUAUAUUUAUUAAAAAAUGACCAGCAACUACAAAUUUACCAUUCUCUGAAAGAUUCUCUGACCGCACGUGGCUGGUUGCAAUAAUAUUUCCACAUUAAACGCCGGGCAGGAACUGGCAUUCUACAACUUUCCCUGAGGGAUGUUAUAACUAUAUAUCUAUGUUAUUGUAUAUAGAUGAAAAGUGCAUCGUGUUUAUUUGAAAUUUCACUGCUAGACAUUUGUGAGUGACGUGUCUCUUUAAGUGUACCAAUGUAAUCCAUUGGUAAGAUGCCUGUUUUCUUGGCAUAGGAAUUUUAUUUUGUACACUGAACAGCAUAGAUCUUUCUGCUUUUCUUCACAUAAUGAAGUUUAUUAGUUGCACCAGAAAUAGCUUCUGCAAUUUAAAAGCAUUACUUAUUUAUAUAUACAUUUUAAUGCAUGAAUAUAGAUUUGAUGGUUAUGCUUAAAACAAAAAUUUUUGACAAAUGAAAUAACUAUUGAUUCAAUAUUAUGUGAAUGGAUUGUUGUUUUGCUAUUUGUAUAGUGUCACAAAGUGUAUUUUUAACAUCUUUUGAAAGUAGUAAUGUGCAAUAAUUUGUAAGCCUAAGUAAUUGCAAUGCAAUUGUAUGCCAUCUAAACAUGUAGUUGCAUUCACUUAUUUUCUUUUCUUUUCUUUAAGCAAUUGUACUAUACUUCAGCAAAACAAAAAAACAUGAAAUAUAGUUAAUAUAUACAAGACUUAAUUUACAUCGUAGUAAGACAGCUUUUUAAAUGGAAAGAUGUUUUAUUGAUGAUGUGCAUUGUUCCACAAUGUUAUAUAAUUUAUGUUUUGAGAUGUAAAUUUAUGCAAAGUAAUUUUUUUUAUUUGAGUUUUAUUACAGUGUUAUCUUAAAUUAC